AUGCACAAGACUCCGUUCAAGAUCGUUCACAACUCCAAACCAAGUGUCAAGCACAUGCAGGUGUUCGAUUGUCAGGUUUGCAUACUGACACCGAAGGAGAAGCAGUCCAAGUGGGACCCCAAGGCUCGCACUGGGAUAUUCUUGGGCUACGAAGAAGCAUCCAAAGCGUAUCGCGUUUAUGACAUCGAGGCGGGGCAGGUGUUCAUCAGUCGCGAUGUCAACUUUGACGAGUCCGCCUUUGGACUUUCGCCGCCUACCACCGCUGAAGACGCCGAUGACCUUGACUUCGACUCCCUCGAUCUGGAUGAUGAAGCGCCAGGUCAAGCGCAGUACAAGCAAACAGGCAAGCGCAAGAGUCGUCCCCAUGAUGAAGGAUAA